AUGGCUCUACGACCCAGCCCCAGCCCCUCGCCUGGUCCCACUGGACAUCCCAACCGCCAAGCACGUGCCUCUCUCGGUCCUGGCUCGUCCUUGACUGUCGGUACCAACCUCGGUCCGGCUCCACGCAAUGUUGCCAAUCAACCGAUAUCGCCCCGCCCAGCUGGCAUGCGUCCAACCAGCGAGUUGAUCACUGGCUCCAAUAUGUACCAGAAUCCAGAGGCCGAGGCGAUCGACCAGUGGUUCGAAAACCUCCAAAACUACGAGGCCACCCUUGAAGAAAUGGCUGCUGCUUCGCUCGAUGUCAAUUUCAAAGAAGAGCUUAGCGCCAUCGAGCAGUGGUUCCGCGUGUUAUCCGAGGCGGAGCGCACGGCCGCUCUUUAUUCGCUCCUCCAGCACUCGACCCAAGUCCAGAUUCGGUUCUUUAUCACCGUACUCCAACAGAUGGCCCGUGCAGACCCCAUGACAGCCCUCCUUUCUCCCGCAGUUGGCGCAUCUAUGCAAAGUCAAAUGGAAGCCAAGCUAGCCUCAUUGGGUCUCAAGUCCCCGGGCCCACCAGCCUCUCCCUCGGCUCGUUCCUUCAACCGUCAAUCCGAAGGCACUGGAAACUUUCUUUCCCCCGAUUCCGCCGCUGUUCCUCCUUCCCCCGGAGGGGCGGGUGCAGCGUCGGGUGAUGCAGCUGCUACCUUGGCUCAACAGCGUGCACGACUGAAAGCGACCAAUGCUGCGCAUAGGAUUUCCGCACCGGGAACUUUGGCUGCCGAUGCCGCACGAGCCAAUGUCUGGUCUGCUACGUCCCUGAGCCAAGUUGCCGAACGUGGCCCAUCUCCAUCUCCAGGCGGAGAUCUACUCUCCCCGCCGCCGGCCGGGACCCGACCCAAGAGCACCGACUUUACAGGACUCGCCGCACAAUUCCGCAAAGGCCAGCCGGGCGACAACAUUGAUGACCAACUCUCUCCCAUGGUUGGUGGAAACUGGGCGAGCAUGGUCAACACACCCGUUGUGCCCAUGUUUUCUGGUAACAAUAAUGGUGCCGGAAGCUCGGCUGCUGGGAACGGAACAGACGCCAAUGGUCAGAACCUCGAUGCCGCAGCGCUCAAACUCGCAAACUGGACAAUGGCGAAUAACCCCGGCGGACCUGUUGUUCAACUUGAUGACGCGCGUAAGUUUAGGAGAACGUCCAACGCGACCAAGUCUACCGACGUAUCUGCACCUGUCAACAAGAAACCCCAACCUCCCGCAGCCAACCCGAACCCGGGAUUCUUGUCCCCACAACAACCCCAACCGACCAACUGGCAACACCAACCCAAUCGUAGCCCAGACCCUACUGCAAUGGCCAACUUUAACCUUGGUGGAUUGAGCCCCGGGAUGAACAUGAACAUGGGCAUGAUGAACGGGUUCGGGAUGAUGACGCCUGGAAUGGGAAUGCCUGGAUUCGGGAUGAACAAUCUUGAAGGCCUUCAAGCUCAAUUGAUAGCCGCCCAACUUGCGCAACUGAACGCUGGAUUCCCGCUCGGUAUGAUGCCAGGUCUCGCAGGGCAGAACCAACAGCCUGGCCCGCGUUCUGCACGAUCGGGCGCAAGCGGCCGUCGUUCGCCCAAGCCUCCAACCAACUCUGCUGCCAAGGGAGGAGAAGACGAUAUCGAUCCGAGCUUGCUGAACGAUGUUCCCGGGUGGUUGAGAAGUCUGCGGUUGCACAAGUACACCCCGAACUUUGAAGGCAUGGCGUGGAGGGAUAUGGUGGUUAUGGACGAGGCCGCUCUCGAAGCCAAGGGUGUGGCUGCGUUGGGUGCAAGGAGGAAGAUGUUGAAGACUUUCCAAUUGGUCCGGGAAAAAAUGGGAAUCGAAGAGCCAGAAGGCUCGAGGUCCAAGGACGAGUAG